AUGGAUGCAAUCUAUCCACCUAAAUUUAUCAAUGUUCCCAGAAUUUUCUCCAGGUAUCAUUUUCAACUAGAGAUCAAUGACAUUUCUCGCCACCAAAAUGGUAAAGUGAAUUUAAUCGUCAACAAAAAUUAUGACCAGUACAGUAACACUUUGAUCGGGUCGGUUAUUAAUUCAUAUACUUACUUAAAACUUUCGCGGGCUUACCCCGACUAUCACCAAAAUAUUGAGGCGAGUUGUAAAUGCGCUGUUGGUAAGUGCUAUGAUUUCGCUAGCGAUUGUUUAUUAGACCCCAUCAUACCAAUCACUUUUAACUUUCACAGAGAUAUCCUUGCCUUCGUGCACAUACAAAAGACCGGUGGAACAGAAUUUACCUCCAUAUUAGCGCAUAAUGUUCAAGUGGAUCCUGAGUGUUUAUGCCGACCAAAAAUGAUUCAAAAUGUUCAAGUAGAAAAAUGCAUCUGCGAACGCCCAAAUACGAAAUCUUUGAAGAAUACGAUAAAUAAUGAGAGCGCAUACAUUACUGAAGGUUGGCUGUAUAGUCGACUCACAUAUGGUUGGAUAUAUUGCGGAUUACACCCCAUAUAUGUUCGUUUGAGAGACUGUCUUCCCAUGGCAAUGAAACUUCGUAGUUUAUCAACAACCGGAAAUAAUUAUUACCAACAAUUUAUCGCCGAAAACGAUAUUAAAAUAGAUUCUAAAAUAUUGUAUCCGAAGAAGGGAUACGAAAGAAAAUUAACACAAGAUCCAUUGUAUAACAGACAUUUUGUGACAAUGCUGAGGGAACCUUUGAAAAGAUACCUAAGUGAAUACAACCACAUUCGCACAGAGUCAGAUUGGCCCGAACAAUUUAUAAUGUGCCAGGAGGAAACGUUGAUUUUUCGACCUACCUGCUUCGAUCACCUUCAAAAUUUGUCGAUGUUGACAUUGGAAGAAUUCAUUUCUUGCCAAAAUCAAUGGGGGAACAACCGAAUGACAAGACAUUUAGCCGAUAUGUCAAUUAUAGAAUGUGACAAAAGUUUAUCAAUAGAACAAAAGAAUCAUCUGAUGCUAGAGAGCGCUAAAAUAAAUUUGAAACUCGGUAUUCGAACGUUUGGUAUCACGGAAUAUAUUCCACAAACCAUCUAUUUAUUCGAGAAAAUGUUGGGAAUACAAUUUAAGGAUAAAGAGGGUUUGAAAAACAAGAUGGGAGAAUCUAUGAGAUGGUUCAACGGUCUGAGCGAAGAUACGCUAGUGAAAAUGGUGCAAAAUAAUCAGCUGGAUAUAGAACUUUACAAUUUCGCUUUGAAGUUGUUUCGUGAUAGGCUCAAAAAAUUGGGAUAUCGUGAUGACUUUAUAUGA